UCGCUCUCUCCUGCCUGGUCGGGCCCAGUUCCCGAGCUUCGGCGGACAAACACAGCGGCGCGCACGGACAGAAACAGUUGUGUUCCGACAGUCACCAGUGACGGUAGCAACAGCAGCGCGGGAUCGAUCGUGUGUAGUCGUGUGUGUGUUUUGCUAGAUCGCCCUCAAAAUGUUCCACCUGAAGACGAUCGCAAAGAGUGCGGCCCUCAAGCAGGAGGUGUCCACCCUGGUCAAGGCCGUUACGGCGACCGCUUCCACCACCAGUGGCCAGGUCCAGUCCCAGCCCCAGCGCAGCUACGCCUCCCAGCACCAGAUUCCGGACCGGCUGAAGGAUGUGGCCACGGCCGCCAACCCGCGCUUCUUCGACAUGGUCGAGCUGUUCUUCCACCGGGCCUGCCAGAUCUGCGAGGAAAAGAUGGUCGAGGACAUGAAGGGCAAGGCGUCGGUCGAGGAGAAGCGCAAGAAGGUCAAGGGAAUCCUGAUGCUGAUGCAGCCCUGCGACCACAUCAUCGAGAUCUCGUUCCCGCUGCGCAGAGAUUCCGGCGACUACGAGAUGAUCACCGGCUACCGGGCCCAGCACUGCACCCACCGCACCCCCACCAAGGGAGGUAUCCGUUUCUCGCUUGACGUGUGCCGCGAUGAGGUGAAAGCCCUGUCCGCACUGAUGACCUUCAAGUGUGCCUGUGUGGACGUUCCGUUCGGCGGUGCCAAGGCCGGUAUUAAGAUUGACCCGAAGGCGUACUCCGAGCACGAGCUGGAGAAGAUCACGCGUCGCUUCGCGCUCGAGCUUUCGAAGAAGGGCUUCAUUGGGCCGGGUAUUGAUGUGCCCGCUCCGGACAUGGGCACCGGUGAGCGCGAGAUGUCCUGGAUUGCGGACACUUACGCCAAGACCAUCGGCCAUCUGGACAUUAACGCGCACGCUUGCGUCACCGGCAAGCCGAUCAACCAGGGUGGAAUCCACGGUCGUGUGUCCGCCACCGGUCGGGGUGUCUUCCACGGGCUGGACAACUUCAUCCGGGAGGCCAACUUCAUGUCGAUGAUCGGAACCACACCCGGAUGGGGUGGCAAGACCUUCAUCGUGCAGGGCUUCGGUAACGUGGGUCUGCACUCGUGCCGGUAUCUGUGCCGUGCCGGAGCGACCUGCAUCGGCGUCAUCGAGCACGACGGUUCGAUCUUCAACCCGGCCGGAAUUGACCCCAAGGAGCUGGAGGAUUACCGCAACGAGAAGGGCACCAUCGUGGGCUUCCCCGGCGCCAAGCCGUACGAGGGUGAGAACCUGAUGUACGAGCCGUGUGACAUCUUCAUCCCGGCCGCCGUCGAGAAGGUCAUCACCAGCGAGAACGCCGGCAAGAUCAACGCCAAGAUCAUCGCCGAGGCCGCCAACGGUCCGACCACCCCGGCCGCCGACCGCAUCCUCAUCGAUCGCAACAUUCUGGUCAUUCCCGAUCUGUACAUCAACGCCGGUGGUGUGACCGUGUCGUUCUUCGAGUGGCUCAAGAACCUGAACCACGUCUCGUACGGCCGUCUGACGUUCAAGUACGAGCGCGAGUCCAACUACCACCUGCUCGCCUCUAUCCAGGAAUCAAUUGAAAAAUCGCUUCUCGACAAAUCGGUCCAACAGUCGCUGGAGAGCCGCUUCGGUAACGUCGGCGGCAAGAUCCCGGUGACGCCGUCGGCCGCCUUCCAGAAGCGCAUUUCCGGUGCUUCCGAGAAGGACAUUGUCCACUCCGGCCUGGACUACACCAUGGAGCGAUCGGCCCGUGCCAUCAUGAAGACCGCCAUGAAGUACAACCUGGGACUGGAUCUGCGCUCGGCCGCGUACGUCAACUCGAUCGAGAAGAUCUUCGAGACCUACCGCGACGCCGGUCUGGCCUUCUAAGGAGCGAGCAAGCAUGCAACGGAACAUCGGCGCCUUGGGGUCAGGACAGGUUUAGAACAGAACAGAACAACACAAAACAACGGAAACUGCCACAAAUGCCCGAUAGUUCAGUCGUUACUUAAACAACAACAACAACAACUAUUUGAAUGUAAGGAGCCUACAACUAAAGUAUCACGUCUCAAAAUAAGCAAGUUUUAGUGGUCAGCAGCACGUACGAAUUGUAGCGCGAGCACCCAACUUACGCAGUUUCCUUUUAACGUGUAUCGGUAGAUAAGUCGUUGAAUUGAAUUGUGUUAAAUUCCCAUUUCCCUCAAACAAGAAAACUCCCACUAGUUUACAGAGAUUUCAAAUGUGUGCUUAAAUGUUGAUUUUACCUCAAAAACUCCAAGUUGUUUUUUGUUUCAGUGUACCAAUUCCCAUUACAUUCUAAGUUUCUACAGUUUGACUUGUUUUUAACUUGUGUUAAAGAAGAAACAUCGGCAGAAGUACCCUAGCUAGCGUUUAAAAGGCAAAAAGUACAUUAGCAAAUAAAAAAAACAAACAAUGUGUACUUACAACAACCAAAAUCGAUACCAAUUUUGCAGUUAUUGAAUGUCACUUUUUGUUGUAACAAAUAAAUGAACACACACAAACACUUGCUAACACAACAAAAUAUUACUGUCUAAGCUGGAAGUGAAAUUGAAGAAAAAAAAAGUUCGAAAAGCUACUUUUCCAAACCAUAAAAUAACUCAGCGAGCAUCGGAGCUUAUGUCCAAUUUCAGAACGAAACUUAACAGCACUUUAAAAUAAAGAUUAUGAAUGAAAAAAUA